AUGAUACACAUUGUUCAAGGCGGGUUCUGGAACGCAGAGAAGACGACCGCCGAGAAAGACCUCGUGCUAUCGAUACCUGGUUCUAAAUUCCACCCGAUAUCAGCAUCCAUCGCCCCUCUACCGAAGGAUCCAUCGCUACCAACAUGGAAACUCACCACAACGGACCUCGCAGAUACGCUGAAGGGUGCAUGGGACUGUGUUAGCGUCGAUGGUAACAUCAAUUUGGCAGACCUUCAGGCACUCCCUGAGUUCACCUCAGAGAAGCUCCCGUACACGGCUGGUGGCGAACCGCAGUUUACCCAGCCAUUACUCGGCGCUUAUUCUGAAAAGCGCUCCGGUGACGAUGUGGUGCAUUGCCAUUGCUGCGGAAUGCAGUCCAAACUAAGUGCCCUUCGAAACCAUGUUGGCCAGCACAUCCUUCGGGCGAUAAGGGACGUACCUGAUGAUCUUCUUCCUGGGCUUAGGAUUGGACCAAAUCCAUGUGGCUGGUGCGGAAGGCAUGCAUCUGGGUGUCAAACUCAGCUUGUAGUCCCACCAGGCAAGACAACUUACCGGGUGCUUUCAAAUUGCGAGUACCACUACGAGAGGAUGAAGUAUUCGGCUGCUGCUAAGUCGAGCGAUAAUCAGCCGUGCACCAACGUCCCGGUUCCUUGCCCAAUAUGUGCUCGAAAUAAUCCAAAUCACACCCACCUGACGACAUUCUGGAAGUACAACCUUCUCUACCACAUGCUCUCCCAUCACCUCGAUGAAAACAGUCGUCUGCCUCCUUUUCCGCCCGAUAUGGUUGUCCUAUGUCACAUAUCUCGUGAAGAGGAGAGCAGCUUGGGCAUACCAGUGAGCAAGACACAGGAAUACCGACAAACUGUCAACAUCCCGGGGAGUCAAACUUGA